AUGUGUAAGCAUUGCUUAACAAUUCUUGAGCACCCUUAUACUAUCAAAAAAGAUAUUCAUAGGAAGGAGGGGCGUUAUGGUACAACUACUAUAAUAAGACACCUUAAGACCUCUACUUAUCAAAAGGCAUCAGCCCGAGCUAGCCCAAGCGAGCCAAAGAUACCCUCUACCGAUACUUUUCGUCGACAAUUAAGGAGCCAGGUGUACCGAGAGGUGCUUCUUGAUUUCAAACCUCUUUAUGGCGCUUAUACUAGCGCUAAUAUAAGUACCAUACUAUUACAGACCCUUGUUGAUCAUGAUAUCCAAGAUCGAAUUUUUGGAUUAACAGCAGACAAUACAUUAAACAACAGAACACUAGUUGAUUCUCUACAGCAGGCUUUGCCUCCUAAUGUUAAUAUCAUCCGGACCCCUUGUCUUGCACAUGUGAUCCAAUUAAGCUUGAAACAGCUUCUUGAUUGUCUUAAAGCUGCUCCACUUAAUGACACCACUAAGACUAAGUGGACUAAGAGUUAA